AUGUUUGGUUACUCUGCCGAGUCCAUGGUCCAAUAUGACGAGAAGGAUAUUAGGGAGGUCCAUCAAAACCACCAGAGGCCCGACGGCAUGUACUGGCUUUACCGCGCUAGUAGAAUUGAGAAGCUCCUGAACGCGGAAAGCACCACUCGGGGGAAAAAAGUCGGCGAUAUCGUUCAAUCGCGCCCGACUGGCAGUACCACCGCUAACAUGGCAUUCCCGUUCCUCCUCUUCGAAGCCAAAUCAGCCAACAGUGCCGACAAUUUUUCGAUGACGUUUACCUACAAUCCUGCUUUGCUAUCCGAGCGAUGUUGA